AUGAUUUUUGGAAUUUGUCGCGGUUGUGGUAAUCCAAAUGACGACUUCAACAAGUGUCAAUCAUGUGAAGAUUGGAUUAAUGAAAAAACUCGCGUUUUACAAGCCUUAAAAGAUUUAAUCGCGCAAAGAGAAUAUAAAAUAAAAUUAUCAAAAAGUGAUAAAAAAUCAGAAUGUGAUGAAUUUUUGGAGAUGGGGGCUAAAAAUAAUCAAGAACAUCCCGAUUUUGAGCAUUUUGCAACGCAAGAUAGGGAUAAAGAACAACGAAUUUAUACAAAGAAAUCUUCAGCAAUCCAGACUACACUUUCUAGUAAAGAAUUUACUCAAGCACAAGAACAAAAACAAAUUCAUUGUGGUUUCA